GUGAAGUCGACUGGCCUACAGGCAACAGGCAACAGCUAGUCAGUGCGAGUGUAGAUCUGGUGGAAUGUAAGCGGAGCGGCCAGCAGAGGUGACUGAACCGCUGCCGUGCCCGCUGCUGUCAGGUGUUGUGUGUGUUCUCUGUGCUCCUGUUCCUGCUCCACCGUCCAGGAUAACACCACCAUGAGAUGAACACUAUGGCGCCUCGGCCUGUAGCAGGGUGCAAUGGCUUACACCUCCCCCGACCGGCUGUCACCGAUGGUGUGCCCCCUGGCUAAGCUCGGGCGAACCUCUCCGUCAUCUCCAGACCAGCGCUAUCUUCGGGCGUCUCCAGCGUCCAUAGACCAGCCUUAUCACAAGGUUCGAGCGAGUCCAGGACUGGACAGGGCCUACCUGCGGUCCCCUCACCAACCCCUGUCACUGGGCAGUUACAGCGGCUACACGCCCGAGCCGGCAUACGCCCAGCACGUCUCUCUGUUACGAUGUGGCUCUCCUACAGCGUUAGGGCGUUCCUCCCCCUGUCCUGACCAAGGUUACCAUACCCUGGUGUCUCCGAGCCCUCCGUGCUGGCCCGAGACGGCCCUGACCAAGGGAAAGCGAGGGCAGGCGAGGCCGAGCAGUUUCGAUCGACUGCCGGACGACCUGGUGCUCAAGGUUUUCUCGUGGCUGCCGAGCAGCGAACUGUGCGUGUGUGCGCGAGUGUGUCGCCGAUGGGAGACGCUCGCCUGGGAGCCCACGCUAUGGAGGACGAUCACAUUGACGGGCGAAGGGGUGUGUGGGGACAAGGCUGUGCGCGGUGUGUUACGAAGACUUUGCGGACAGAACCGGACAGGAGCGUGUCCUACGGUAGAGCGGGUGUUCCUCAGCGAUGGUGCCCGACUCACGGACAAGGGGCUGACGUUGCUGGCCCGCCGAUGCCCCGAACUCACGCACGUCCAACUCCAGGGGUGUGCCGCAAUUACCAACACAGCAGUUUUCGAGCUCGCUACCAGAUCUACCAACCUUCAACACCUGGAUAUUACUGGAUGUGUACUGGUGUCGUGUAUCAGUGUGACUCCAGGUCCUGAGCCUCCCAGGAGGUUGCUGCUGCAAUACAUCGACCUCACUGACUGUGCUGCGGUAGACGAUGGAGGACUGAGAGUCAUAGUGCGGAACUGUCCCCACCUCAUCUAUUUGUAUCUUCGCAGGUGUUGUAAAAUAACAGAUGCUGGUAUCAAGUUUGUGCCCAGUUUUUGUUCAACAUUGCGGGAACUCAGUGUUUCGGAUUGUCACCAAGUGACUGACUUCGGCCUGUAUGAGCUGGCCAAGCUCGGUGCCACAUUGCGUUAUCUAUCGGUGGCCAAGUGUGUACAAGUGAGUGAUGCAGGGCUCAAGGUGAUAGCUCGACGCUGCUACAAGCUGCGGUACCUCAAUGCACGAGGAUGCGAGGCCGUCAGUGAUGAUGCAAUCACAGUCCUGGCACGUUCAUGUCCACGUCUACGUGCACUGGACAUCGGCAAGUGUGAUGUGAGUGAUGCAGGUCUCCGUGCACUAGCAGAAAGCUGCCCCAAUCUCAAGAAGCUGAGUCUUCGACAGUGCGACCUUGUGACAGAUCGCGGAGUGCAGUGUGUUGCAUACUACUGUCGUGGACUACAACAGCUGAAUAUACAGGACUGUCAGAUAUCACUUGAGGGUUACAGAGCAGUAAAAAAGUACUGUAAGAGAUGUAUUAUAGAACAUACAAACCCAGGGUUCUUUUAAAUCCUAAGAAUUAAUUAAGAAGUUAAUGUACCACCUAUAAUUUUUACUACUAACUGCAUUCAGAAAUGUGGCACUGGCACAUAUUUUACCAAAAGUUAUAUUGUUUUAACGACUUUCUUACUUAAUUAUUAUCUACUGUCAUUCAGCUACUUUUUUUAUAACGGGACACAAGAUGGGACUGAUUAGUUUAAAAGUUUAAUGGUAACAUAAUAAGAGAUGAGAAGAAAAGUCCUUCUGUUGAUUUAAGAGCCGGGUGUAGUGAAAUGGUCUUUUCCUAUAAGACCAACGUUAAACCUCAUGCAAUUUUUACAUCUUUAUUUUAGUCACAAAUUAUGGGAAAUGUCUCAUUUUCAAGAUAUAAUUAAUACAAAUCCAAACGCAUUUCACUUUUUUUUGGGUUAUUCAGAAAAAAAUCCCAGAAGUUUUUCUACUUUGUUGUUUACAUAUGUAGAAAAUAUACACUUUCCAAGAGAAAUCUAAAAAGCCUUUGGUUGUAUAUUAAUUAUAAAUAUUUAAAAUGAGACAUCUCCUACAAAGCUACAAUAAAAAAUGAGUGCACAAAACUGCACAGUUCCAUUGGUCUCGUAGGGAAAAGCUCAAGGUUGUUUUACUACAGCCAGCUCUUAACCUUUAGAGCCCAGUAUUUUACUAAGAUUGUUCCCUCAGCAAGAUCAAGUGGUCCAAGUUGAACCACAGUGCCCUUGCCUUCAUUAAGUUUGAGGCCAUUGUCAUCAAACUACCAGCUGAUACUCUCAAGAUCAUAGUUUAUCAGAAUUUAUUUAUGUAAAACAGACAUGCUCCAUCACAUUUUAACAGCUACAUAGGUUAUUCUUCUUUGUAAUGGGAUCUAACAUGCUAUCAGUAAACUAUUGAACAGCUAUGUUUUAGAACAUCAAUAAACUAUCAUUAACAAAACUUCUGAACUAUUGUUUUAACUAAGUUUAGAUAGUCACACGAACCACUCCCACAUCUUUGUUUUACACAUAUAAAAACAAUUAUUUAGUUCGGUUUAUGUGGAUCGGACAAUGUUUUUGUUGAAAUAAAAGGCCUCACUAACAAAAACUAAAAAUUACUGUAUUGAUUGGUUUAAUUAAAUAAUAAUAUUACUUACUAUUUAGAAGUCUUUGUAUUUUUAAUAUAAAGUAUAGUAUAUUAUACUGACUACAUUACUAUUUAAUUUAGGGUGCAUUAUAAUUCAAUUGAAAUUUUGAGUAGCUUUAAAAUGACCAAUACUUUUAAGGCCUUUUGAAAAAAGUUUGUUAACAAUAUUAGGUUAAGGUAGGGAGCUGUAAGGAUUUUAGUUGCCACAGGAGGGGAAUAUUAUUGUAUAAAACCAUGUUUAUACACAAAAUUUAUUGUCUGUUACUGCCAGAUUUGUACAAUUAGUUAUAAUCAACACAAGAUAGGCUAUUGAGCAAGAAAGAGCUUUUUGUGAAGUAUUGCACAACCAUAUAAACUCUUAUCAAGCACAUAUAUAUACGUGCAUAUGUAUUAUGUGCUCAUAUAUAUAUAUAUAUAUACGUGUGUGUGUGCAGUAUGUUACAUUGAAAAGAUAUUUUUGAGAAAGAGUAUUAUUUUUACUAUUCACAAUGACUCGGAUGAAAAAUAUUGAGCUUUCAAUACUAUUUAACAUACCAUUUUACACUACAUUGGCUAAAGCUAUGAGUGUCAUUAUGCUUGUCAAAACAACAAAAAACAUAGCUAGCUCCAAUAAAAGAUGAGUAAUUUUUUAUGCAGUAGUUAUGCCAGCCUAUACUAUACCAGCCACACAUGGCUAAUAGUCACUCAUCGGACAAUCUUUUAGAAACAUAACAGACACAUUUCAAGUUGCACAUGCGCAAGAGAGUCUGCCAACCAUGUGCAGCCCAAACUACUAGUAUCCAGCAUUUCAAAUUCAAAUUUAUUUAUAGCCAGAGACAUUAUAUAAUGUAUAGCAAUCAUCAUAAUUAUUUGUUAAAAAUUUUAACAAUCGCUCAACAUUAAAGGCUUAGAGAAACACAAAAUAAAUGAUUUCAUAUCCACUCAUUCCUGUAUUCAUAUAUGUAUUUUUUUCUGAUGUAAUUGUUUUUUUAUAAUUUUUAGAAACCACAAUAAAGUCCCUAUGCAAGAUCAUUUUGUAAACAAAGCAUUUCAUCAAAUGCCUCAAAACCAGAAGAAAAAUUAAUAAAAAGGUAAUCAAACCUGAAGAAAUUCAGAUGAUACGCUAUCCCAUCCAGAUGCUUGGUUAUUUUUUUAAUUUCCAUAGCAUUAUCUCAAAUUCAUGUCUUGAAAGUUCCUUAUCAAGAUACUUAUUUUAUUAUAUAAGUAUCAGAGGCAGGUUUAGUAGCCUAAGUACCCUCAUUAAGGUGUUAGGUGAGACAGUACUUAUUCCCAUAAAGUCCCUUUUUUUGAAAUGUAAAUUCACUGCCUACAUUUUAGCAUCCACUACUUGAUUCAAAUUAUUUAUAAUACUACAAUUAAUGGAUUGUUUUCCUUACAAAGAGUGUUAAAAUUCUGAUUUUCUUCUAAAUAUCUCGUUUUGGUAAUAUUAGAAUUUUUCUCAAAACAUAUUAAGUACACUACAUUUUUCGGAAUAUAGAGUCUGUAAGAAACAUAAAGAUAUAAUUUAAAUGUCCACUUUUUACUUUAAAUAUUCAUUUUAAAGUUCUUUAGCGGAAAAUCAAAUGUGUACAGCAGAUAUACAAGUAUAAAACUGCAUAUUUUUCCAAAUUUGUUAAACUAAGAGAUAAAAUUACUGGAUAUUUAUCUAUAACAUUAUGAAUAUAGCUCAACAUUUCAAGCCCUUGAUGAGAAGUUGUAGUAUUUGUAAAAUUUUUAGUUGAGGACUUAAGUGAGUGUUGUAUAUACAAUUUUUAUUUUAAACAGUGCCAGAUUUUACUGUUUGCCAUAUUUUAGUUUGUUUGUACAUAUUUGACCUAGUAACAUGUAUAGAUUGUAUACAAAAUGUACAGGGGCUUAGAUCGUCAUUGGUAUAUACAUAUAAUUGAAAAUAAUAGCUUUUAUAAACUUAUUGUUCAAUGUUGCACAUAUUGUUGAAAGUUAAAAGGUUUUAUAAUAUUUGUAAAUAAACUUGCGUUAUAAAUAACAUGACGCACUUUAUGUUUGUGUGACUUUGUACUUUCAUACUAUUAUUAUGUUAUGUGUAAAUAUACAACAUUAUUUUUGAA